AGAUGCACCAUGCAAGAUGUCUAUACCGUCAAAUUGCACCGUUCGAGAGGGCCCAGCUGCUGGGCUUUUGGAUAGCGUAUUUGUCCCAUCGCUGCCGCCUAUGUUUGACUGGACGGCGAUGGUUCGCGCCAGAGCAGUCUUCUGUUUCUUCUUCUCCCUGCCGGUUAGGGCAGGAAUCUCGUUGUUCUUUCGUUUCGAUGCCAUGGCAGAUGAUAAUUUGUCGCUUUAGCUGGGUCUCGUUGAAGAAGCCAGAAUACAGUUGCUGGGCGCAUGCGCUU